GCGUGCGCGGUGCGCGGGCCCUGGAGGGCGGAGUCCGGGCGGGCGCCGGCCGAGGGAGGGGGCGCGGCGGCUUUGGAGUCCGGCGCUCCCUCAGGCCGCGGACGCGAUGCUGGUUGCUGCGGCUCGGGCGGCGGGGCUGGCGGGGAUGUGACGGGCGGCCCUUCGUCUCACCUUCCGUCCUCGGGCCCGCAGGUCGCAGGGCGGCCUGCAGCUGGGCCGCGGCCGAGGAGGCAGCGCGACCUCCGCACGAUUCUUUCAACUUUUAAGAACAAAUGCACCUUAUAGCUCAUGGAAGAAAAAACACAAAUCAAGACAUUUUUGGGUUCCAAGUUGCCAAAGUAUGGAACAAAAUCUGUAAGAAGUACAUUGCAGCCAAUGCCAAAUGGGACACCUGUUAAUUUAUUAGGAACUUCCAAGAAUAGUAAUGUCAAAAGUUACAUCAAAAAUAAUGGCUCUGAUUGUCCAUCAUCUCAUUCAUUUAAUUGGAGGAAAGCAAAUAAAUAUCAGCUUUGUGCACAAGGUGCCGAAGAGCCUAACAAUACUCAAAAUUCACAUGAUAAAAUAAUUGAUCCUGAAAAACGUGUUCCUACUCAAGGAAUGUUUGAUAAAAAUGGGAUAAAGGGAGGUUUGAAAAGUGUUUCUUUAUUCACAUCAAAGUUAGCAAAGCCAUCCACUAUGUUUGUGUCAUCUACAGAGGAGUUAAACCAAAAGUCUUUUUCUGGACCAUCUAAUUUGGGUAAAUUCACCAAAGGCACAUUAUUAGGAAGGACUUCAUAUUCUUCGGUCAAUACUCCAAAAUCACAGUUGAAUGGAUUUUAUGGAAACAGAUCAGCUGGUAGCAUGCAAAGGCCUAGAGCGAACUCCUGUGCCACCAGAAGCAGUUCUGGAGAAAGCUUAGCUCAAUCCCCAGACAGUAGUAAAUCUAUUAAUUGUGAAAAAAUGGUAAGGUCACAAAGUUUUUCACAUUCCAUUCAGAAUUCAUUCCUUCCACCUUCAUCUAUAACCAGAUCACAUUCCUUUAAUAGAGCUGUGGAUCUUACAAAGCCUUAUCAGAACCAACAGCUAUCCAUUAGAGUGCCUCUACGGUCAAGUAUGCUAACAAGAAAUUCCCGGCAGCCAGAAGUACUCAAUGGGAAUGAACAUUUGGGGUAUGGAUUUAAUAGGCCUUAUGCUGCUGGUGGAAAGAAGUUGGCUUUAUCAAAUGGCCCAGGUGUAACUUCUACUUUAGGUUAUAGAAUGGUUCAUCCCUCUCUACUGAAAUCUAGCCGAUCUCCAUUUUCUGGGACUAUGACAGUUGAUGGAAAUAAAAAUUCACCUGCUGACACAUGUGUCGAGGAAGAUGCUACAGUUUUGGCUAAGGACAGAGCUGCUAAUAAGGACCAAGAACUGAUUGAAAAUGAAAGUUAUAGAACAAAAAACAACCAGACCAUGAAACAUGAUGCUAAAAUGAGAUACCUGAGUGAUGAUGUGGAUGACAUUUCCUUGUCGUCUUUGUCAUCUUCUGAUAAGAAUGAUUUAAGUGAAGACUUUAGUGAUGAUUUUAUAGAUAUAGAAGACUCCAACAGAACUAGAAUAACUCCAGAGGAAAUGUCUCUCAAAGAAGAGAAACAUGAAAAUGGGCCACCACAGGAUAUGUUUGAUUCCCCCAAGGAAAAUGAAAAAGCCUUCAGUAAAACUGAUGAAUGGAUAGAUAUAAGUGUCUCUGACAGGAGUGAAUGUACAAAACAUGCUUCUGGGAAUAAUUUGGUUUCACCAGAUACAGACUACAGAGCUGGUUCUUCGUUUGAACUCUCUCCAUCUGAUAGCUCUGAUGGAACAUACAUGUGGGAUGAAGAAGGCUUGGAACCCAUUGGAAAUGUCCAUCCAGUUGGGAGCUAUGAGUCCUCUGAAAUGAACAGCAUAGAUAUUUUGAAUAAUCUUGAAUCAUGUGACCUUGAGGAUGAUGAUCUUAUGCUUGAUGUGGAUCUGCCUGAGGAUGCACCUCUUGAAAAUGUGGAGUGUGACAAUAUGAACCGCUUUGACCGACCAGACAGAAAUGUUCGGCAGCCUCAGGAAGGUUUUUGGAAAAGGCCACCCCAGAGGUGGAGUGGACAGGAGCAUUACCACCUCAGCCACCCUGACCACUAUCAUCACCAUGGAAAAAGUGACUUGAGCAGAGGCUCUCCCUAUAGAGAAUCUCCUUUGGGUCAUUUUGAAAGCUAUGGAGGGAUGCCCUUUUUCCAGGCUCAGAAGAUGUUUGUUGAUGUACCAGAAAAUACAGUGAUACUGGAUGAGAUGACCCUUCGGCACAUGGUUCAGGAUUGCACUGCUGUAAAAACUCAGUUACUCAAACUGAAACGUCUCCUGCAUCAGCAUGAUGGAAGUGGUUCAUUGCAUGAUAUUCAACUGUCAUUGCCAUCCAGUCCAGAACCAGAAGAUGGUGAUAAAGUAUAUAAGAAUGAAGAUUUAUUAAAUGAAAUAAAACAACUUAAAGAGGAAAUAAAGAAAAAAGAUGAAAAGAUCCAACUAUUAGAACUUCAGCUUGCAACUCAGCAUAUCUGCCACCAAAAAUGUAAAGAGGAAAAAUGCACUUAUGCUGAUAAAUAUACCCAAACACCCUGGAGACGAAUUCCUGGUGGGUAUUCUGCUCCCUCCUUCUCUCCUUGGCAGGGCUCCUUCCAGGGGAUCCCACGGACUGUUCCACCGCACCGCAGACAGAGUGAGUCUGUGUCUCUCACUCCUAUCCUGCUCUGGCUUCCCCUUCAUGGAGUUGAGAAGUUAGUCCAUUACUUCUCUGACAAAGCGUGCCUCAAGUACUACAGCCUUCCAGCAGCCUUCCCAGACCCACAGACCACACCCAGGGAAAACUAAUAAAGCCACAGCGUAUCGAGGCCCGCAGUGAAUGCGCAAUCCAAGACAUGCAUCAGGGUGGUGCACAUCCGGAAGAAAGCUUUACACACGUCUUGCACCAAGAAAGCAACUAUGGUUUGGAAGAGCAGCCUUUUUCAUCAGGCCCACAAUUAACAAUGGAUGUGGCUAAGAGUACACCUUCUGAAGCAAACUUAAACAUUACUGUAAAUGCUCAAGAGCCUUAUCAUUUGGCAAACAAUCAAAUUAGUGACAUGCAGUUUAUACCCACUUCUCUUCAGACACCUCCCGAGUCAAGUACAGUAGACCAGGCUAAGAGAGUUGGAAGAAAUCAGUCUCUGCCAGUGGGUUAUAUGUCUCAGCCCAAGUCCUUGCAGCUUUUAAAGCCAUCCAUAUUGAGUUCUUUGGUACCGCCUCCAGUUUCUGAAUCAUCUCCAAGUAGGACUCCCACUUGUAAAAAGUCACCAAUAAUCACAACAUGUAAUUCAGCAAAACUUCAGCCAACAUCUAGUCAAACAAAUCUUGCAAAUAAUCAGAAUCUGAAAGCAUCUAAGCUCCGCCCCCCCUCAGGCUCUUUCAAACAAAAACAAACAAACAGCCCCCAACUAGAGCCUCAAAGCUUCCAGGCCAAGACAAGCAUCCCAAGGCCACUAACACAACGAAAGGAAAUCAUGCAGAAUCCAAAUGGCAAUUUGCAUUCUGGGGAUUGUUUGGCCUCUAAUCGAUAUUCUCGUCUUCCUAAACCAAAGAUACAUUAAGUACAUAGCCAUCACCUGCCAAUUUGUUUCUUAAAAACAAUCUCUUCUGUAAUAGCUUUAUGUGCAGCUUGCAGCUUGCUACUGUGGUGGAGGUUCCAUUGAAAGCCUGCAAAUCUUAAAUUAAAAUGUGGAAGCUUCUACUAGUUUGGCUCCUUCAUUUUAUAUCCUGGUUGAAGUACAUGCCAUUUGAGCAUAAUUAUCUCAGGUAAACACGAAAGUUUGCUUACCCAUUUCAGAGGCCUGCCAAAGGCCCAAAUCAUGUUAUCCAUCCCUCUCCACGUCAGAAAAUUCAUAAUAUUUUACUGAGCAGGCAAGAAGUGUGCUUUGCUGGUUUAGUCCUGUUAAGGUCUGUAUUUAUUGUGGUUGUCAGAACCUCACCCCUUUUCACUUGUCUCUCCUGUGAAUAUGGCUACUAUUUUAACUAAAGAUAUGGUGAUAAUGGAAGAUGGUAGUCUGUAAGCAGAGUUCUGGCCAGUGUUUUGUAUAUUUAAAAGGUCUAUGCAAAGCUUUGUGAUGAAUAAAGGAGAUUAGGCUUUUAA